UGAUCACAUAUAUUGUACAUGCAUCCUCUGAAUCUACACAAAUUUCUCGUUGGAACGACAGGGGGAGCUAGGGAUAACCAAGCAUUCUCAGCCAGCCGGUAAAAUGCAUGGCAGCUGGGAGAUGGACAGCAAGUCAUCAGUAACAGCAUGCAGAAGGCAGCGCUGCAGCUGCACUGCAUGGAUCGCGGGCGUCCUCCAGUUGAACACACGCUGUACGUGCCAUGCCAGGCUGCCCUAGCUAGCCGGCCUUGUCCACGGCCGUACGUGCCGGACACUUGCUUCGCCCCUUGCAAUCAUGGCCGUGGCCACGGUCCGGCAGCGGCGGCGUUGCUUGGUCGUCGUUGUGCUGGGAACGGCCAUUGCCGCCGCCUCCUUGUUGGGCGCGGCGUCCGGCGCGGCGCUGGUGGGCGACUCGUGCAAGGCGUCGUCGUCGUCGUCGUCGUCGUCAUCCUGCGGCAAGGGUCUGCGAUGCACGACCUGCGUGCCUCCGCCGGGGACCGGGCCGGCGGCGUGCGCGCGGACGACGCCCGUGGACCCCAAGACGCACGGCACGGGGCUCCCCUUCAACAGGUACGCGUGGCUGACGACGCACAACUCGUUCGCGGUGGUGGGCACCAAGUCGCCGCUGGGGUCGGCCAUCAUCUCGCCGCCGAACCAGGAGGACUCGGUGACGAGCCAGCUGAGCAACGGCGUGCGGGGCCUGAUGCUGGACGCCUACGACUUCAACGACGCCGUCUGGUUCUGCCACUCCUUCCACGGCAAGUGCCUGCCAUUCACGGCCUACGUCCCCGCGCUGAGCGUGCUCACGGAGGUCCGGGUGUUCCUCGACGCCAACCCGUCCGAGGUGGUCACCAUCUUCCUCGAGGACUACGCCGCGCCGGGCUCCCUCAGCAACGUCUUCAACGCCGCCGGGCUGUCCAAGUACUGGUUCCCGGAGUCCAUGAUGCCCAGCCCCAGCAAGGGCGGCGGCGACUGGCCGCUGCUCAAGGACAUGAUCGCCGACAACCACCGACUCGUCGUCUUCACGUCCAAGAGAGGGAAGCAGGGGACGGAGGGGCUCGCCUACCUGUGGGACUACGUCGUGGAGACACAAUAUGGCAGCGAGGGCAUGUCGGAUGGCGGUUGCCCGAAGCGGUCGGAGUCGAGGCCGAUGAACUCCAAGGCCCAGUCGCUGGUGCUGCUCAACUUCUUCACCAGCAACCCGAGCCAGAGCUGGGCGUGCAGCAACAACUCCGCGCCGCUCAUCAGCAGGCUCAACGCCUGCUACCAAGCAUCCGCCAACCGAUGGCCAAACUACAUCGCCGUCGAUUUCUACAUGAGGAGCAACGGCGGCGGCGCUCCCCUGGCCACCGACGUCGCCAACGGCCGCCUCCAGUGUGGCCGCGACGGCAUCACCUACUGCAAGCAGUCUUCUGCUCCGGCACCGGCACCGGCACCCGCUUCGGCUUCUUCACCGUCUCCGGCCCCGGGACCGGAUUUCGCUGCCGCCGCUUCUCCAACCAUUUCUUCGUCUCCUGGGCCGGCACCUGGGCCUGCUAAUAGCUAUUACUACUCUACUAGUUAUAGUUAAAAGGAAGGGAAGCCGACGCGGCAGAUAUGGGCCUCAGCUGGGCCUGGCCUGAAAAUAUUCAUGAGAGAGGCCUGCUACUCACUGCUCAUGAUAAAUUACAUUGUCAAGUUUUGUGUAUAUAUAUAAGAGUGAUGGUACACCAAGCAUAUUAUAUAGAGGAAUUUUGCCAUAACAGUGAUGGUGCAGAGCUUAAUUAUGUAUAUUGCUCUCCAUUGUUAUCA